AGAGAAAAAUUCUGCUGCUGAAUCUGAUUCCCGAGUUAGAAUUCUGGGUGAUAGCUGCCCCAGAUACCUGCUGCCUUGUACACACGUUCUAAAGUCAGGAUGGUUUGUGCUCCCAUUCACCUUGCUCUGGGCUGGGAGGGGCUCUGGGUGAACGUUCUUGUUCUCCAAAGGAGCUGGAAACUCCCUUUCACCAUAAAGCCUUGUGACGUGUUGAAAGUCUGGGUUCUGGGGAAAGAGAUGGGGCAGGAAAUGUGUCAAAGGCUCCUGAAAAACGCCCUCAGCUGGCCAUGUGUGUGCACUCAGUCUGAAGUGGGACAUGGGCACGUUUAUUCCAAAAGGGUUUUUCUGGACUUCCAUCAUUCUGUUCAUUUUAUGGGAAGCUUUUCCUUGAAGGAAUUUGUUAAAACUCAAAAAUCCCAGCAAAGCACCCACACAAAUAAACUCCUGGUGUGUGUGCUGUGAUUUAUGGAGUCCACAAACCCAAGUGGGCAGACUGGGGCUGCCUGCAAUCCCAUUUCUCUGUGAGGUUAAGAAACAGUUUUCCUACAUUUCCAGUACCGCAGUUCACCAGAAUGGUGUUCUUUAGAGGCAAGAACCUGACUUCAGCCCAACCUAAGCUGAAGCUGCCUUCCUUUUUUAGACUAACAGUUCCAGAGAAUGCAGGUGUCUUUCAUGGUUUCCUGUUAUUUGUCAAUUUAAAUAAAAAAGUGAAGUUGCUUAACUUCCACAAUUGUGUAAGCCCACAUCUGAUUGACAUUUGAGCUUUUAGCUCGUGUGACAGAUUCUUCUCACACAGCAAGUGGUUAAAGUGGUGUGCUGACACUUGGGGAGGUUUCCAGCAGCACUUCCAUGGUGGGAGGUAAGAUGGAGCCGUAUCAUUUCUUGUUUCUUUUAUUCUUGUACACUCUGUGAGGUUUGGUGUGGGAAACUGGGAGGUUUCAUGGCUUGACUCCUCUGGAAUGUGGCAACAAUGGGAUGCAGGAGGAAAAGUGGCAGCAGCAGAGAACGGGGUGUUUGUCUUCAUGUUGUUGGAAUAUUUUCACAUUGUUCACGAUCCACAGUUUGCAAAGCAUGUGGUGAGAAAUGCCAGUGCAGGGGUUUUGUAGUGGAAUAUCUUUUAGAAUCCCUAUCUCCAAGAUUCCACACACAAAUUGGAGAAAGUUACUGUUCCUGCUCUGGUGGGAAAAGCCAAUUUAACUUAAAAACAUCAAGGGAGGAACUUUUCAAAGCUGCUUCUGAUUAUGAAAAUGUUCAUAGGGUUUUAACUGCUGCAAAAAUAAUUCUGUAGGUGCUUUUUAGUUAUUCAAUAUCCUCAAUUUUCUGGGUGGAGAAGGCGCUGUGCCCGGCAGGGAGCAGUGAAUUCUGUGUACAGGAACAAGACACAGGGGCUGGUGCUGAGGAACUGCCAGGUUUGAGUGGCUUUGUGCCACUUCUACAAGAUUUCCAAGAAAUGGAUAGAAACUAAGUCAAGUCUUUUGAGUUAGAAGAGGAUAAGGAGUUUGUGUAUAUAAAUAUAACUCUCAGCCUUUCUUUCAGCUUCUCUUCCUGUCAGUUAAUGCUCUGAGAAAAUGGGAGGCUGGCCCUCAAGAGAAGAUUCAGUUGUACAAGGACCCAUUUGCCCUACUGUCCCUGUCCACACCACUGCCCACACCCCUACAGAUGAUUUCAGAGCUGCAGAAGUCAGAUGUGGGAUUAAUAACUAUGAAAUACUGUACAUGUCACUGGCCUUCGUCUCUGGCGUCCUCCUGACUGUCCUGGUUUUUGCAAUCAUCUUCCUCGUCAGGAAAAGGUCUAAAAGAUGCCACCAAAAUUUACAAGAGGAAACUUUCUCCCAGAUGGCAGCUGAAGAAUCUGUUAGGAACACCCAGAAUGAAGUGACCUACAGCACUCUGGUCUUCCAGCGGGGCAGGACACCACUGCCUGUGUGAUGAGGAAGCUCCAAAUGGAAUAAAAACAAUCCCACUUUCUGGAUAUCAAAAGCCACGAGGAUGUUACACCGAGGGAAUGCCCUGGGAAUGCCCCCAUGCCCUCUGUAACACAGCUCUUUUUGUAGUUACAACAGGAAAUUGUCUCCUGUUCAAACUGGCUGCCAACGGCUGUGGGCAAAUGGAGAGUUUCGAUACAGGAUUUCCUCAUCUGUAGAAAUCUCCCUGCCUUGUAAAGUUUCCGUUUGUGAGAACCACCAGAGAGACGUGAGAAAUGAAAAUGUUUCUCUGCAUCUAUCCAUAUCUGUGCCCUUGUGUUUCCCUUUUCUGUCACCAACUCCAACAUUUUCUGUUGUUUUUUUUUUUUUUUUGAUUGCCAAGUGUUCUGCUUAGUUAUUUUCUGUUAUUGAAGUGAUGAUCAUGAAACGUUUGGAUGCAAAUCUGUGCUUCCUGGUUGGCUCCCAUGAAGGAAACGCACAAUCAGAGAGUGACAACCAAAAUCGCCGGGAAUGUUCACGCAGGUGUUUUCCCCACGGUGUUCUAAGUGCGGUGUGAAAAUCGUUCCCUGUGCAUGGUGGGGAUGGCAUUCCUGGGCUGGCAGUGUCAGAGCAGGGCUGGAGGUGCCACCUGAUGGCAGCAGCAGCCUGGGCUGGGGCUGCCGGGGUGCCCUGCGCUGCUCCAGCCCCGCACACCCAGCAGGGCUCCUGCUCCGUUAUUUGAAGAUGGAGAAAGAAAAGAGCCUGGCCUUUAACAACCUCUUUUCAGUCUGACCCACGUUCCCUAACCGUGGGCAGUGCCAGCUGUGGUGUAACUAUUGCUGCCACUUCUGAGCCAUCCCAGGCAGGACAUCGACUGGAACUGAGCAGGGUUUUUUGGUCAUGGGAGGACUCAGCAGGCAGAAUUAAUAUAAAAUCCAUCUACUGUUUAUUAUUACUCAUGAAAACAUGACAACUGGCUGAAGCACAAGCUGGUCAGACUCAAGU